GAGGAACGAGAAUGCCGCAACCAAAAGAAAUGCUUAUGAUGGCUGGCACAAGCCACCCAGAUCUGUGCGAUAAGAUAUCCCGGAUACUCACCAAAGACUUUGUGGACGUCGACGUUGACGCUAGGAGCAAUGGGGAAAAGCUGUAUGUCCUGAGAGUUUAA